AUGGAUGAAACAAACUUAGAUGAUUCGAUAUAUUCUACUCCUACCACCACGACGGCAAGAAGUACUUCACCACUCAAUCAAGCCAAUGAUGCGUCAACUGAAUAUGUGGAUAGGAAUGUGGACUCUUCGGACGAGUCUCGAAGAAAUUCGCUGACUUAUGAAAUUACCGUGCAGGAUUUCGACCAGAUGACUCUUUCGGCGGCUAAAGCUCUAAAUUCAAAGUUAACCGAUCUAGACGAUGGGUUUACAUUCAAGCGUAAGAAUCUGACGCGGCCUUCGGGUAGCCGUAUAUUCUCGCGGGCUGAUUCUCCGAUGAAGAUGAGAUCAAACUAUGAAAUAGGUCAUAUAUCGACAAGUCAACGAAGACAUAAUGAUGAAGAGUUCGACGGGGAUGUUGCCGAUUGGUCAAUAGAAGGAACAGGUCGGAGGGUAGCAUACGACGAUUUUACGACAAUAGACUGGAUUCAUGAUUUUGCCAAGGAACGCACACGUCGUAGAAGAUUAAAAAAGCAAGGAGGAUUAAUAGGUAAACUGAGAUUAAUUUUCGACGAGAUGGAAGGCUGGAUAGUAGUCUUUACUGUCGGUAUCGCUUCUGGAAUCCUAGCCGGAAUCAUAGACAUAACGUCAGAUUGGUUGAGUGAUUUGAAAGAGGGAUACUGCAAUACGGCAUUUUAUUUAAGCAGAAAGAAUUGUUGUUGGGGUUAUGACGGUAUUGUACUUUUAAUGAAACCGGAAUACGGCCUAUCUUGCAAGGUCAUUGAGCGCAAAGUUUUGGACAAAUUACUUAUUCUACAUAAUUUUUUCUGUAAGUUGUUCCUUCAAUGGAUGGUGGCAUUCGAUAGUAUUUGA